UUAUAUUAAAUUUUGAAAUAAUACAGGGAAAAUUGUUUUUCAUGGGAUGGACCUGUGCCAAGGAUGAUUGUAAUGAAACCUGAAUGCAUAAAAGAUAUACUUACCAGAAGGACUGACUUUCAGAAGCAAAGUGCCAUCAACCCACUCAUCAGACCGUUGGGAUGUGGUCUCCCAAGUCUCGAAGGGGAGAAAUGGGCCAACCAUAGAAGAAUCAUCACCCCAGCAUUCAACUUUGGAAAGUUAAAGAAUAUGCUACCUGCAGUCUACCAAAGUUGUAGCAAUAUGAUCAACAAAUGGGAAGAGUUAGUGUCUGCUGAAGGAUGGUGUGAGUUGGAUGUAUGGCCGUAUCUUGUUAAUUUGACAAGUGAUGUGAUCUCUCAAGUAGCAUUUGGAAGCAGCUAUGAGGAAGGGAAAAGAAUCUUUGAACUUCAAGAUGAACUUGCCAAACUAAUAACACAAGCUUGCCAAAAAGUUUAUGUUCCAGGAUGGAGGUUUCUACCGACCAAGUUAAACAAGAAGAUGAGAGCAAUUGACAAAGAGAUACAGGAUUCACUCAAAGGGAUGAUAGACAAAAGAAAGAAGGCAAUGGAAGCAGGGGAAGUUAACAGUGACUUACUCUCUGCAUUGCUGGAAUCCAAUUCUAGAGAGAUUCAAGAAAAUGGAGAAAAGAAGAAUGUUGGAUUGAGCAUUGCAGACGUGAUCGAUGAAUGCAAAAUAUUUUACUUUGCAGGACAAGAGACCACAUCUGUAUUGCUUGUUUGGACAAUGGUUCUGCUGGCCAAGCAUACAAAUUGGCAAUCUCGCGCUAGAGAUGAAGUUCUGAAAGUAUUUGGUAAUGAGCAGCCUAAUUUUAAUGGAUUGAAUCAGCUUAAAGUUGUAAGUAUAUUUUCUUUCUUAUUUUAUGAGUUAUACCCUCCUCUACCGAUGUUUGUUCGAUCAGUAGAGAAAGAAACAAAACUUGGAAACUUAAUACUACCAGCAGGACUGAGACUCUCAAUACCAAUAAUCCUAGUUCACCAUAGUUCUGAGAUCUGGGGUGAUGAUGCACUGGAUUUCAAACCUGAAAGGUUUGCUGAAGGAGUUUCAAAGGCGACAAAGAACCAAGUUUCGUUCUGUCCUUUUGGAUGGGGUCCCAGGAUUUGCAUCGGUCAAAACUUAGCGCUGCUAGAAGCAAAAAUGACAUUGGCAAUGAUCUUCCAACGUUUCACGUUCGAGCUAUCGCCAUGUUAUACUCAUGCUCCUCGAAUGGUUUUUACCAUUCAUCCUGAAUUCGGUGUUCACUUAAUUUUACAUAAGCUCUACUGAGUUUUCUGUAAAAAUAGUUUCCAUUUUCAUUUGCCUUGAGCAAUGGAAGCUGCUUGCCUCUGCUAUAAGAUAUUAUAAAUAAAUAAUAGAAUAAAAUAUCCAAGU